UGUAUAUCCAAUGGACCUCUGGGUAUGAUCACUGGCAGCAUCCAUGAUUGGCAAAUAACAGCUUCCUCCACCUACCCGCAGAACUGGGAUAAGGGCUGCCAUGAAAAAUAUGCCAGAGUAUAUUUACCCAAUAAAUAUGGUUGGUGUGCCAAGUACAAAUCUUCAUCAGAAUGGCUCCAAGUUGAUCUUGGAGUUGCAGCUAGGGUAAGU